GGACAGAUCACCGCCGAGCAUUGUAUCGGUCCAUGAGAUCUGUCAACUGAGAAACCCGCAUGACUUCAGCCAGCACAGCAAUUAACUCCAAUGCCCAUUCACUCGUAUACCCCAACAUUUGAUGCUCGCUGUCGUCUGCUGCAAAGAUAUAAAGCAAAGGCAGCAUCCGCCCUUUGGUUGCUGUCGUUGUUUCUAACAGUACCCAGGCACCUAGUUAGUUUGUUUGCACCUGCAGCUUGAAACCCAAUCAAUCCACUCCAUCCACCGACGACCCUUGAGCGGCAGCAGCAACCUGCCCCGCCAUCCCAGAAGCAACCCCGCGCCGCGCCUGCCACAUCCCGCAGAGGAGCUACAGUACGGCCUUCUUCGCUUCCUGCACGAUCGCCAAACUUUCUGACCGCCUCUCCUCUCUGCCCCUGCCCAGUUUUCGGUGUGUGCGUGUUCCCGAGAGAGACAGAGAGACAGAGAGAGGUCUACCCAACUCCAAACACACGAUACCUAGCUUCUGAGUCUCCAAGCUUCUCUCUCAACUUGCUUUCUUUGCGCAUUGACCAAAUCAGUCAGUCGCAAUGGCCACCUCCCUCCCCAGCUACCCCCCUCUCGAGGAGCGGCCGCUCAAGACGACGAUUUGCCUCUUCGAUGUCGACGGCACCCUCACUCCCGCUCGACUUGGCGCUUCCCCAGAGAUUCUCGACCUCCUCGCCCGCCUCCGCCAGAAGUGCGCCAUUGGCUUCGUCGGCGGCUCCGACUACUCUAAGCAGCAGGAGCAGCUGGGCAACGCCAGCACACCCGUUACUACCCUCUUCGACUUCUGCUUCUCCGAGAACGGCCUGACAGCCUUCAAGCUCGGCCAGCCCCUCGCUUCCAACAGCUUCAUCAAGUACAUCGGCGAGGACCAGUACAAGGAGCUCGUCCGCUUCGCCCUGCACCACAUCGCCGACCUCGACAUCCCCAUCAAGCGCGGCACCUUCAUCGAGUUCCGCAACGGCAUGGUCAACAUCUCCCCCAUCGGCCGCAAUGCCUCCAACGCCGAACGCCUGGCCUUUGAGGAGUACGACAAGGUCCACAACGUCCGCCGCGACUUCGUCGCCAAGCUGCGUGAGCGCUUCGGCCACCUCGGCCUGACCUUCUCCAUCGGCGGCCAGAUCUCCUUCGACGUCUUCCCCACCGGCUGGGACAAGACGUACUGCCUCGGCCACCUCGAGAACGAGGCCAAGAAGGAGGGUGGGAUUAAGUACGAGCACAUUCACUUCUUUGGCGACAAGACGGCCGAGGGUGGCAACGACUACGAAAUCUACGUUGACGAGCGCACCAUCGGCCACUCAGUCAGCGGUCCCGAGGACACCAUGCGCAUUAUCAAGGAGACCUUCGACUUGUGAACCGGCGCCUGCGGAGUGCAGGCUCCACCCUAGAUACGGGACGGACGAUCUAUAUCGACGACCGGUUUCGACCCGGAGCGACGAAUGGGAAACAACAGACCAUGACAUGUCGAGAGUGGUGGAUGAUCUUCUCCCGCAUUGAAAUUACAGUAGAGCAGAUGGAAUGACUUUUUUGCAAUGACCCAGAGCAUAGCCCUGUUCAGCCAGAUGUGAUGAUCAGCAGCUGGCAAGAAAGCAAACACUCACCAUCUGGGAACACGGCUGAUGCGCGACGUAUCAAAGACGAAAUAUAGAUAAUGUAUCAUCAGGUCGUCAAGCUAUCGCUGAUCGCCCGUUGUCGCCUUUUCUCUUCCGUCUCGCCGGGAACGGUGGGAGAAGAACAUUAAAAUAUCC